AUGCCGAGGCCCCUGAAAAUCCUCAGAAAGAUUUGUUGGAGCAAUGAGCCUCCGGCUGUGGACAAUUGCUGGCACGUUGUCCUCAUCACAUUUUUGACGGCCUUCAUCAGCUCGGCGAUGUUUCGCACAGCAGGGUACCUGUACAUCGCCUUCAUGGAAGAGUACGGAGUCGACAGGGAAACGGCAGCCUGGCCACAUAGCAUUGCCUCGGCCGUGGGCGGCAUCGUUGGUCUCAUUGUGGCGCCGCUAAAACCUCGUCUCUCUAUUACACACAUCAUGGCGCUGGCAAGCGCGCUGUUGUGGAUCGGAAUUAUUGCAUCUGGCUUCGCAACCAAUAUAGCCACAUUGUCGGUGACAUUAGGUGUGGUGCAUGGCAUUGGUAGCGGAACUAUCUACUUGCUACUUCAGGUGUUUACAAUGAUGUACUUUGAUAAGUAUAGGGGCACAGCGCUGGGAAUUAUGUCAAUGGGAUCGGCGCUUUCCGGCACCGUCUUCUCAAAACUGUUGGAGUACCUGACGGGCGCGUACAGUCUACAGUACAGCUUGAUUCUUCUCGGCGCCUUGUCAAUGAAUAUAAGUCCCUUAACGCACCUGCUCAAAGUUCCGCUAUGGUACACACGUCCCAAAAAGAAGACCAAAAGGACUUCAAAGCAAACAAUCAGCACAGUUUACGUGACCGAAAAUAGCGCGGAGAAUAAAAGUUCGUCUACAGAGUCGGUCGAAAGGAAGCACACGAACGAGUGCAUUCGCGAUCUCAAAUUUUUGGCUUUUCGUCCCAUGUUUUACCUCAUGUUGGUAUCGAGUGCAGUCACAAUAUUCGCAGAUUACAUCUUUCUUUCCACCUACAUGGACUUUGCUGUAGACAAGGGCACCUCGGUAUCUAAUGCAGUGUGGCUCACGACGUGCAUUUCGGUGGCUGACAUGAUAGGGCGCAUCUGCCUUCCGGUGAUAGCUGACAGACGUUACGUUCGCCGCAGUACGCUCGUGGUAGUGAACAAGUUUUUGAUGGGAAUCGAUAUGAUACUGGCUCCUCAAGUGACGAGUUACUGGAUGAUUGCAGUAUUAUGCUCGCUUAUCACUGCGCAUAUCGGCUGUGGCUUCAUCCUACAUGAUGUGUUGGUCGCGGAAUAUCUGGGCUUGGAACGACUCUCUGUUGUUCAAGGGACUAUUGGACUAGUGAAGACACCCCUGGUCCUUGGCAUUCCAGCCUUAAUCGGUCUGUUUCGGGAUGAAGCAGGAUCUUAUGACAACAUGUACAGACUACUUGGAGGUCUCCUAAUAUUUAUAUGUGUGUUCUGGGUUCCUGUGGUAUGGAACGAAGCAAAGAACCAACGUCAGCACAAGUCACCACAAAACAACGGUUCACUAACAACCGAGUCGUGAAAAAACUUCACAAAAUAAACAUAA